AUGCAAGAAUCUAAAACAGAAUCAAUAAAUAACCGAAUAACUGUUGUUCAGAAUACUGUUAAUGAAUUGCAGAUUAGUAGCCUGCCUAAGAAAAAGGCCAAUGUGUUGACGAAUGGGCUAACCAAAUGUCCUGUGACUGUAGAUUAUCAAGAAGGGAAUGGUGAAUAUGGCUCUUGUACACCUAAAGAUAAUUUACAUCAGUAUGUCUCUGUACAUGAAGAGAAUGUCAUGCAACCUCCUAAGGUGGUGUUUCCCAAAAGACCAUCAAGACCACUUCUGGCUUCCUUUCCUGUGGAAGAAAGACCACCAUUAGAUGCCAGGAGUGAAGCAUCCUCUGUGCAGAGUUUAGAGGAUGGCGGGCAAUUAGUGAAUGCCCAAUUCAUUCCAGCACAGCAGCAAAUCAUAAAAUCUCGUAAAGGUACUAAAAAUGUAAAGAUCAGCAAAUUUAAGAGCUCUACAUUAAAGUCCAGGCCCCACAGUGACGUGACUCUCCAAUCAAAUGUUCAGACCUUAAACAAAAACCUAAGUUGCUCCUAA